AUGACAAAGAAAAGAAGGAACGAGGGUUGUGCCAAAAAGGGCCGUGGCCAUGUGCAACCUAUUUGCUGCAUGAAUUGUGCCCGAUGCGUGCCCAAAGACAAGGCUAUAAAGAAGUUCAUCAUUUGGAACAUAGUGGAGGCAGAAGCUGUGAGAGACAUUUCUGAAGUGAGUGUCUUUAACGUCUAUGUGAUUCCCAAGCUCUAUGUGAAGCUACAUUAUUGUGUGAGUUGUGCUAUUCACAGCAAGGUAGUCAGGAACCGUUCUCAGGAAGCCCAUAAGAACUGA